AUGGCGACCGUGGAUGAAAAGAAAGACGCCGUUCCAAACGAGGUCGCGACUAGCCCUCCAUCCGACAAUACAGAUCACCCAGAAGCGGGUGUUUCUGAACUUAUCAAUGCAUCUGGUCAUGUACAGGAACUUGAACGAAACUUCAGCCUUCUCGCCGCUGCUGGUGUGGGACUCGUCGUUGGCACUGUCUGGCCCGCUGUCGGAGGGUCAAUCCUGGUCGCUAUCUUCAAUGGCGGGCCUCCCGGAGUCAUCUACGAGUUCAUCGCAGUUUCGGUCUUCUAUUGGAUAGUAGCGGCAUCUUUGGCAGAGUUGGCUUCAGCUAUACCUUCCAGUGCCGGGGUUUAUCAUUGGGCUUCAGUCACUCCAGGCAAGACAUGGGGUCGCGUGGUUGGGUUCUAUGCUGGAUUCUGGAACUGGCUGGCCUGGGUGUUUGGUGCAGCCUCAAUGAGUUCUAUCCUUGCGAACACAUUUGUGCAGAUGUAUGCUCUGGAACAUCCCGACUUCAUUGCGAAACGAUGGCAUGUCUUUGUGACAUACCUCAUUGUAACGUGGAUUGCAUGCUCCUGCGUGUGUCUAUUUAACAAGGCGAUGCCGUAUUUGAACACCGUCGGCAUCGUCCUUCUCUUAUGCGGUUUCCUAGUCACGAUUAUUGUCGUCGCUGCAAUACCGGGAUCGGGCAACCACCCACCACACGCCUCGUCUAGCUUCGUCUGGAGCGAGUGGACUGCAGAUAUAGGAUAUCCCAAUGGAUUUGUCUUUGUCGCUGGAAUGUUGAAUGGCGCAUACUCUGUCGGCACUCCGGAUGCUGUGAGUCAUAUCGCCGAGGAGGUCCCAUAUCCUAGCAAGAACAUCCCAAUCGCCAUCGGUUUACAAAUGAGCAUUGGAUUCGUCACUGGAAUCUGCUACAUUAUCGCGAUCAUGUACGCAAUAAGCGACUACGAUGCUCUGUUCAAUGCACAAUUCCCACUUGCCGAGAUUUAUCGACAGGCCACUGGUUCGGCUGGCGGUGCCAUUGGGCUGUUGUGUCCCUUCCUCUUCUGCAUCGCAACCUGCUUGGUGGGAGUAUACAUCACGGCCGGUAGAACACUAUGGACGCUCGGCCGAGACAAUGCCACUCCCUUCCCUCAAUACAUUGGAAAGGUAUCCAAGAGGUUAGAAAUGCCUCUGAACGCAACUCUUGUGUGUGGUUGUCUGGUUACCGUGCUGGGCUGCAUCUACGUCGGGAGUGCUACGGCCUUCAAUGCAUUCGUGGGGAGUUUCGUUCUGAUGUCGUCGGGAAGUUACAUCGCAGCAAUCCUGCCUCACCUCCUGACUGGCCGCAAGAACAUCAAAUUCGGCCCGUUCCACCUGGGAAAAUUCGGCGUCGCGAUGAAUACGAUUGCGUGCGGGUACAUGAUCGUGUGGUUCGUGAUCUACUGCUUCCCCUUUGCUCUGCCCACGGAUGCGGAAACCAUGAACUAUGCCUGUUUGAUCUGGGGAGGUCUGACGACUUUUGUCACGGCGUGGUGGUUGCUUGGUGCCAGAAAAGACUAUGUUGGACCCAAGCCCGCUGGAGGUGUCGAACACGAAGUUGAGCACAUGAGAAGACCUAGCAGCGUAGAGAAGCGAGCCUCAGUCUAG